GUUUGGGAUAUUGUGAAAUGUAAAUAUAAUUUAAGUGAGCUGUGGAAAUGGUUGGUUUUAAAAUACAGGAACGAACGGCGAGGGAGAGGGAAAGAGAGGAGCGAAGGAAGGAAUGCCAUUCGCAUUGAUUCACCAAACAAAACAAAACGGAACCAAGUGAUUGAAUUCGAUCGCAAUUAACCAUGGCGUCGUCCCCUUCUUUGGCGGUGGCCGUCGUCGUCCUUCUAUUGUUCGCAGCAGCAGCGGCCGCCGAUGACGCCUCCUGCCAUCAUUCCUUGCAAUUGACCAAGAUAAAAAGCUGGAUCGAUGGGAAUAAAGAUGUGGACUAUAAUGGUAUGACUGCAAAAUUCGGCUCUUAUUUGCCUGAAGAUGCCGAUCAAGCUGCCAAAACUCCUGCUCUUUUUUCUGAUCCUAUAGACUGCUGUUCCGCUUCAGCUUCAAAGUUAUCCGGAUCAGUUGCUCUCUGUGUACGGGGCACUUGUGACUUCACAACCAAAGCUGCAUUUGCACAGUCCGCCGGUGCUACUGCCGCCUUGAUGAUCAACGACGCCGAUGAACUCUUUGAGAUGGAGUGCUCCAAUGACACUAGCGUAAAUAUUUCAAUUCCAGUUGUUGAGAUAACUAAGUCAACAGGAGACGCUCUCAACAAACUUUUGACGUCUAAAAGGAAAGUGGAGGUUUUGUUAUAUGCUCCAACUCGCCCAGUUGUAGACUACUCAGUUGCCUUUUUGUGGUUGAUGGCUGUUGGAACAGUUAUAUGUGCUUCACUAUGGUCGGAUAUAACUGCUCCUGAUCAAAAUGAUGAACGCUACAAUGAAUUGUCUCCCAAGAGCUCUAUGUCUGAAGCAGGGAAAGACGAUUCUGAGGACUUGGUUAACAUAGAUACAAAGGGUGCUAUCAUCUUCGUCAUCACUGCAUCUACUUUUCUUGUACUACUGUUCUUCUUCAUGUCGUCUUGGUUUAUCUGGGUGCUGAUUAUACUUUUCUGCAUUGGUGGUAUUGAGGGGAUGCACAAUUGUAUUGUAAGCCUCGCUUUAAGAAAGCGUCCAAAAUGUGGUCAGAAGACUCUGAAUUUACCUAUGUUUGGGGAGGUUUCUAUUUUCUCGCUGGUAGUGUUACUAUUCUGCGUGAUAUUUGCGGUUGUAUGGGUUGCUACUCGGCGUGAGUCAUUUUCAUGGUUUGGCCAAGAUGCUCUUGGCAUCGGUUUGAUGAUAACAGUCCUACAGUUGGCUCGGUUGCCUAAUAUUAAGGUUGCAACUGUACUCCUAUGUUGUGCAUUUGUAUACGACAUCUUUUGGGUAUUCAUAUCUCCUGUGAUAUUCCAGAAGAGUGUUAUGAUUACAGUUGCUCGUGGUGACAAGGCCGGUGGUGAAGCAAUUCCUAUGCUUUUGAGAUUUCCUCGUCUUUCUGAUCCUUGGGGUGGCUAUGAUAUGAUUGGAUUUGGAGAUAUUCUCUUUCCUGGUUUGCUUGUUUCCUUUACUCGUAGAUUCGACAAAGCUAAUAAGAAGGGGGUCGUAAGCGGAUAUUUUCUUUGGUUGGUAGUUGGCUAUGGUUUUGGCCUCUUCUUCACAUAUCUGGGGCUAUAUAUGAUGAACGGUCAUGGACAACCUGCACUGCUCUACCUGGUUCCAUGUACACUAGGAGUAACUGUGGUAUUGGGAUGCAAAAGAGGUGAGCUAAAGUACCUUUGGAGCUAUGAUGCAGACUCCUCCUCGUCUUCGUCCAAAGAGCCUUCUCGAGUUUAGAUGGCAACUGGGAAAUGGAAAUGUUCUCUCUGACAGUGUUUAGGACUUCGGAGAGAUUCCAGGUGUACAGACAAAGACAAUUCUUUCCUCUAUUGUAUUUUGUGAUUAACCAACGAUAUGUGAAUUAAUGUUCUUUCUGCUGCUGCUGCUGCUGCUGCUGCUUCUUCUUCAUAGUUCAUGCAAAAAGAGCAUAGUUUUGUAGGCAACAUGGCAAUGUAAUGUCAUCAAGUGCGCGUGCAUUGUAAUAUCCUUGAUUUCACUAUCACCUCUUACAGUAAUAUUCUAUUCUUUGUAUAGUUUUUAAUUUUCUCUAACAAAAGUUGUGAUCAAUUGUCUUA